UUGUGGCCUAGACAGCCAGAAGGAAGCCAUGCUGUGCUGCUUCAGCCCUCAGCUUCCCUCUUGCAUUUCCUAGAAAAAUCUUUGGUCUGCACCUCCAGCUCAGCAGAUUCAGGACCCCCCUUCAUCAUGACUUGUUCAUCACCCUGCUCGGGCCAAGGUCCUCUGAGAGUUCUAACCCUCCUCACUCCCUGUAAAAGGCAGGCAGAACAGCCAGAGGAGCAGAGAGACCAAGAAACAUUGUGAAAUCUCCAACUCUUGCCCUCCAACAUGAAAGUCUCUGGAGCACCUCUGUGCCUGCUGCUCCUAACAGCAGCCUUCAGUCCCCAGGGGCUUGCUCAGCCAGACAUCCUCAAAGCCUUUUCAUUUGUAACUUUAUUUCUAAGUGCACUCAAUGUCCCAUCCGUCUGCUGCUUCAAGUUUAGCAGUAAGAAGAUCUCCUUGCAGAGGGUGAAGAACUAUAGGAUCACCAACAGGCGGUGUCCCCAGAAGGCUGUCAACUUCAGAACCAAACUUGGCAAGGAGAUCUGUGCCGACCCAAAGGAGAAGUGAGUUCAGAAUUAUAUGAAACGCCUGGGCCAGAAAGCUCACACCCUGAAGUCUUGAACUCUGCUACCCACACUGAAACCAAGCCAGAGUAUGCGAAAUGACUUUUCCAUUCUCCUCUGGCCUCCUCAUCUAUACUUUGGAAUAUUUCUGCCAUCAUUUUCAAAUAGAAUGCAUUCUGUUUUGUGAUGCAAAAUGUACUCUGUGUUAAGUAAUAUUGACUGUUAAUUGAA